AUGCCCAAUAUGAAGGUAGCUCUGAUUUCGCAGCUGCUUUUCUACGUCACCGCGCCACUCGUGAGCGCCAGUGAAGUGAGAUCAUCUUAUAAAGACAUCGACGUGAUCUCGCUCCUGGGCUCUCGAGCACGAAACCAAGACACAGUCUUCAAGGAAGCAAUCGACCUUCUUGAAUCGCUCAAAUCGUCACCAUCGUGCAGCCGGGUGGCAGCAACGAGGCUAGUGGUGUCAUGCCAGGCAUUCGGCGGCGACAAAGACCGCACGCAUGCGGACAGCCCUAAUACCAUGGAUUUCCUGCGGUCAGUCUACGCAGCACGACUGGCAAUAUGCGAGAUUGAGGGUGCCGGUACCACAGUACCACAGUCAUGCCUUCCAGUGACAGUGCCAACCGCUCCCCAGAAAGGUCGGUUCGGAUUCGCGUCUCGUCACAAGUCCUCCGACAAUGCCGCAGAUGAGAUGCCAAGGGAGAUCCUAGAGCAAUGUCUGCGAACACUCGAGUCGCGGCCUCAAUGGUGGACUUCAUACAGCAACAGUCGACAGAAUGCCCUGACCAUAUGUCAAGCCUCGCGGAUCGAGACAGAGAAGGAUGAGCUACUCGAUCUUCACCGAUCCAUUGCCAAAAGCAGUCUGAAACUAAGCAAUGGCAUUCGAGACGCAUUGCGAGAUGCAGCGGCACAGUCUGAGCAACAGCAAUUAUUCAUGCAAGCUGUUCAGGCUCAACAAAGGAAGAUCGUGAUGGAGGUGGAACACACAGAGUCGCUGUUUCAACGAACUUUCGGCAAUUUCUUUCGUGAGAUAGAGCUUGGCGUCGGGGUCCUCCAAGACAGUAUAUCCUCGGCUUUUCUCAUUUUACGCGCAGGGACCGGAACUCUUGAAAAGGAAAUUCACAAUGUCUCAAGCCAGGUGAACGCCCUUCAACAUGCCCUUCUGGAAGUGCAUCAAGAUGCCAUUGCUAGAAGUCAGGAAGCAACAGUGGUACAGGAGAGCAACGCCGUGGCUCAUGGAAAAUUUGCGGCCUCCUUACACCUUUCACUUGAGUCACUUCUAGACUCUGACAUGGUGAAGGUUUAUAGAGGAAUGCAAAAGUUUGACGCUAUUAUGGAAUGGCUGACAAGCCGAAUGAACACGAUCCUCGAACAAGAGCUCCGAAUGACCGAGCGACUCCAAAUUAUGGAGACAUCCAUGCAGCUAUCUGAAUCAAAAGCAAGCGAAUUACAGCACGCCCAAGAUCAGCAAACAGAAAAGCUCGCUGCACAUUCCCGCACUCAAGAGGCGAUCCAAUUCCACGCACAAGUCUCGCAGGCUCUCAUCAAGAAAGCCAGCAUCGCAGCUGCCAAUCUUCAAAGCAUUAUUGAUGACGCAGCUACGAAAUAUAAAAGUGGUCCAAAUCUCCACAUUGGAGGAUAUUCCGCAUGGUCUCUUUGCGGAUUUCUUCUCUUGAUCAUCGCGGCCCAGAACUUCAAGGUUGCAAUUCCAUUAAUAUUUUUCGUUUUCGCGCAUUCCAUAGCGUCGACGAUUUUCCCCUUCUUUUAG